UGUGGCCGCCGAAGAGCUCUCCCAAUUGGGAACCGUUGCGUCGAUUGUGGACCAACUGGUGGUGAUUCAGUCGUUUCGGUUGAUGCCGGCGCUCGACUUGGACUCAGUGCUGUUCCUUCGGGACGGCCAGCCCUUGGGUCAGGUGUUUGACGUGUUUGGACCGGUGGUUGAGCCGCGAUAUGCGGUCCGCUUCGACACCGCGGAGGAGAUAACUGUGCGACAGAUAUCGGUGGGAACGCCGGUGUACUUCGCGACACAACGCCAGCAGCCGAUCACGAGCUAUGUCUUCGCGGAACAGUUGCGACAAAUGAAGGGAUCGGACGCCUCCUGGAAGCACAACAACGAACCGCCCGGAGAUGUGGUCGAGUACUCGGAUGACGAGGCCGAACAGAUGGACAGACAUCGACAGAGGGCUAAGAGAUCUCACCGACAGUCCAACACCGGGUCCACAGGUGUGGCCAAUCAGUACGGAUAUCUCGUGCCGCCAAACACUCCCAACAGUCCCUACACUCAACCCCCCGUUGAC